UUCUUCUCUUCCGAUCGGAUUCUGCGGUUCGAUCGGUGGUGUUUCUGGGACCUGCGGAGAUGCCGACCCCCUGGGGUUUGGAUCUGAUAUGGAGAAGGGGCGUGGAGGAAUCUUGAUGGUAGAGCUUCGGAUCUUGGGGUUCUGCAUUUUCACGAUCUUGUGGGCUUAACAUUUGCACUAUAUACAUGGAGCAAGUCCCUUUUUGGUCAACUUUCUGCCUCUGCCAACUCUUCUUAUUCCAGGAAGCUCUUGGUUGGCGGAUUCUUGCUCUUGGAGGCUUUUUUCUUGUCUCUUUUGUCAACUAUACUUAGUGGGGAGAUAUUGGUCCAAGUCCACUGUGGUUAGAUUGAUGCAGAUUGCUUUUGAAGUUGUUGGAUCGAUGCUGAACUUUCAGAACAUAUUAUCUGCACAACAUCUUUUCGAAGUUUGUCGGAGUUCUCAAGUUGUUAACAUCAAAGAAAUAAUCAGUGGGGGCUGAGCUAGUGAGGUUUAUGCAGUUUCCUUACAUCCUAAUUAGUAGACAUUUUCGCUUGCUUGCGUCACUUAAGUCAGCCCUGAGAUUUGCUGCUUCUUUCUCUGGGAGUUCUUCAAUGAAGAAAUGUGUUUGAGCAAUAACAUGUCACAGUGCCUGUGCAAAGCUUUUAUGGAGGAAGAAAAGCUUCAUUGAAGUUGUUUUGCUCUGGUUCUUUUGGGCAAUCAAGUUUUUUGUAAGCUUCAUUGAGCUUGCUUUAAAUUGCUUCUUUUGGGCAAUCAUGUGGCUAACAUGAACUCCGAAAUGUCAUCUGCAACAAUUUUUAAGGUUUAAAUUGGCCUCACGGAGUUUACUUUAGACUGCUGGAGGAUAAGACUUUUGCAGCAGUCUCAGAGAUCUGGUAGUGGGAUCUAUUAUUUCAGAACUAAUAGUCUAUAUCUGCUGAAGCUUGUUUAAGAUCUGUUACAUAUCUAAGAUCAUCUCUUCAAGCAUAAUCAUUUUGUUGUUUCACCAUACUACUUGUUAGAGAUAUAAAUAAACUCUUGAGGACUUGGAGAUUAUACCUAGCUACAGCCGCUGAAAACAAUGGAAAGGUUUAAAUUGAUUAAGGAAGUUGGUGAUGGAACUUUUGGGAGUGUUUGGCGUGCUUUAAAUAAGCAGAGUGGAGAAGUUGUUGCAAUUAAGAAAAUGAAAAGGAAAUACUAUUCAUGGGAAGAAUGUAUGAAUCUUCGGGAAGUGAAGUCUCUUCGGCGGAUGAACCACCCUAAUAUUGUGAAGCUUAAGGAGGUCAUAAGAGAAAAUGAUAUAUUGUACUUUGUGUUUGAGUACAUGGAAUUCAAUCUUUACCAAAUUAUGAAAGACAGAGGCAAGGGUUUCUCAGAGGCAGAAAUUCGUAAUUGGUGUUUUCAGAUAUUUCAAGCCCUUGCUUACAUGCAUCAGCGAGGCUAUUUUCACCGUGACCUCAAGCCUGAGAACCUAUUGGUCACAAAGGACAUUAUAAAGAUAGCAGAUUUUGGCCUAGCACGGGAAGUUUGUUCACAGCCACCAUACACUGAUUAUGUUUCUACCCGUUGGUACCGAGCACCUGAAGUUUUGCUGCAGUCAUCCAUUUAUGGCGCUGCAGUUGAUAUGUGGGCUAUGGGCGCUAUCAUGGCUGAGCUAUUUACUCUCCGUCCUCUUUUUCCUGGCUCAAGUGAAGUGGACGAGAUUCACAAAAUUUGCAGUGUUCUUGGUAGUCCAAAUGAGGACUCCUGGGCAGAAGGAUUACAGCUUGCAGAUUUUAUGAAGCAUCAGUUCCCUCAGUGUCCUCCUGUCCAUCUAUCACUUUUAAUUCCCUCUGCCAGUGAGGAUGCAAUUAAUCUAAUUACAGCAUUAUGUUCCUGGGACCCCUGCAGGAGACCAAAAGCAUCCGAGGUUCUUCAACAUCCUUUCUUCCAAUCAUGCUUUUAUGUGCCUCCAUUCCUUCGUCCAAGAGUGGCGUCACAUACACCUGUUGGGAUCAAAGGAGCACCGGAGCAGAGCAGUACUAGAAGAUAUUCAACUGGAGCUCUGUCUGUCACUAAAUCAGCAAAUAGUUCUGUAACAGCAAAAGCAAAUGCUUCUCUCAGAGCUGGUGUUCAAAGGAAAUUGGAGAUGGAUAAUCAGGAGUUUGAGAAAAAUGGAAAAUCCCCGAAGAACAAUCUGAAAGAAUCUCGAUAUAAACCACCAGCAAGGCUUAACCCAGGACAUUUGGGACGGAAUCUUGGCAAGGUUACUGAUGUGCCGAGUAAAGCUCAUGUACAAAUGACUGACAAAUUGGGACGUAUGUCACUGAAUUCUCGUACACACAAAACGGACAAGCCUCCACCUUCAAUGAAAGCUGGUGGUUGGCACAGCCAAUCUGAGAUUCCUGCCAGGAGGUAUUCCAGGAAAGUAGUUGGCUGAGUCAAAAACCUUUGCAGUCAACUAAACGCACCGUAUGUUUCUGGUGAAAAACGUUUGCCGUGUUUUUAUACGAGCUCUCUUGCAUUUUGAUGAUCUACCCGAAAAUAUUUACCUAGAAAAUGUUGACGUUAUAACGGUAGCGUGCACGCGGUUUAGCAUUAGUGGUAGUGCCUUGUUUAUUAUAGUGGUUGGUUGCACUUUUAA